UAAUGCGCGCUGCCGACGCGGUACUGAACCCAUAGGAGACGCUGAUCGUAAGAGGCGGAGCGCGUCGGAAGCCACUCGGCGUCCCCACAACGGUUUGUCUCUCAAGUGUCCGGAACGGUAGGCGGAGGAUGGAGUUCGAGCAGCUGAUCGACACAGCGGAGGAGUGGUGCUCCGGGAACCCCUUCGAGCUCAUAGCCGCGGAGUGCAGUGACGAGAGGCGCCUGGAUUUCUAUGCCGAACCACGGUUCUCCUUUUACGUCUUGUGUCCAGACGCGAAUUGUGACACCGAUAGUUUUACUGGCUGGUUCCCCCCCUUGCAGCACGUCUGGAGUGAGAAUGAGGACUGCCUGCCCUUCCUGCAGCGUGCCCAAGAUUAUAUCUCGGCUUGUGGCAGGAAGAGCUUUGUGCAGGUCCUGGAUGAGGUCUUCUCUUCCUUCAGGCCACUCCUAGACCUCCCUGACACAGAUGACACAGAGACGUUUGAGCAGUACCACACCAAUGUGGAAGAGGAACCAGAGACCGACCACCAGCAGCUGGCUGUCAGCCAGCAGUAACACCACCCACAUUGACCACACCCACCCACCACUAAGGACCGCCUCCCACUGUCAUCCCAGUUCUGGGUUCUCAGACAUCAGAAUAUGCACACUGCAGAUAUUUGUUUUGUGCUUGAAAUCAGGAGUGUGGUGGGAAACAUAGUAUUCAAAUAAAAGAAUAGAGUAAAAUAGAUGGAUCAUGGCUUAGUGUGUCAUAAAUGCAAAUAUUUAUAUCUAAGCCAAAUGGUAAUAAUUUCGUUCCUAGUCUGUAUGUUCUCAUGUUAACAGCAGGUCAUUAGUUUCCUCAUAAAAAUAUACAGAUAAUUGUUUUCUUAGUAAAAUAACAUAAAACACGGCUCUGCUUAGUUUUAAUGACGUUUUUUUAUUAUUUUAAUUGGUCUGAGCUUUUAGAGAGACAGACGGAAUGUUUGUGAGUGCCUGCAUCGUCUGUUAUUGGAGCUGAACUGAACAGCACGGGUGUAAGGAAAACUUUGCUAUAGUGAGUUUGAUAAGACCUUAGAGUGACGCUAGUACCUGUGACUCAAAAAGCAUCUUCACCUGCUUAAGUUAGACCUGUUACCAACCUGCUGGAAAAGUGUUACAUACAAAUGUAUCUACUAAUAUAUAAGAUGUAGAGGUGUUACAAUUUGACAAAUUCAAGUAAAAUAUUAAACCCUUAGAAUAACUAUAUUUAUGUACAGUAUGGAGUUGAUCACAUGUUUGUCUUAGAAAGAGUGGGCUUCCUGGUGUGUGUAUGAACAGAUGCUUGGUGAAAGAUAUUGAGUAAAAACAUGCUCUGCUAAUUUCAAUUCCCUCCGCAUACACGUUUUGUAAUGGAGGUGUAGGCCUGCUGCACUUUAAUAGGUGUAGGAGGGGUAGGUCUGUCUCACUUUAAUCAGUGUAAGAGGGGUAGGCCUAUCUCAUUUGAAUGGAUAUAUGAUGCCAAGGUCUGUCUCACUUUAAUCUGUGUAGGAGGUGUAGGCCUGUCAUACAUUAAUGGGCGUAAAAGAUGGAGGCCUGUCUCACUUUAAUGGGUGUAGAAGAUGGAAGCCUGUCACUUUAAUAGGUGUAGGAAGGGUAGGCCUUUCUCACUUUAAUAGAUAAAUGAGGUGGAGGCCUGUCCCAUUUUAAUGUGUGUAGGAGGUGUAGGCCUGUCCCAUUUUAAUGGGUGUAGGAGGUGUAGGCCUGUCCCAUUUUAAUGGGUGUAGGAGGUGUAGGCCUGUCCCAUUUAAUGGGUGUAGGAGGUGUAGGCCUGUCCCAUUUUAAUGUGUGUAGGAGGUGUAGGCCUGUCCCAUUUAUUGGGUGUAGGAGGUGUAGGCCUGUCCCAUUUUAAUUAAUGUGUGUAGGAGGUGUAGGCCUGUCCCAUUUUAAUGGGUGUAGGAGGUGUAGGUCUGUCCCAUUUAUUGGGUGUAGGAGGUGUAGGCCUGUUCCAUUUUAAUGUGUGUAGGAGGUGUAGGCCUGUCCCAUUUUAAUGUGUGUAGGAGGUACUGGUCUGUCUUACUUUAACAGUGUAAAGGAGGCAUGAGCCUUUCCCAGUGUAACAGCUGUAGGCUCCUGACAGUUGUGGGACAUUGUGCGUCAUUUUAUUCUAAGGGACAGAUGGUCAGACACAGGAUGUUAGCUCAUGUUUAGCAGAGGUGCAACAUGAGCUUGGUUUGUUUAUAUAUGUGUGUGUAUAUAUAUAUAUAUAUAUAUACACACACACACACACACACACACACACACACACACACACACAGCACAAUCCUUCUAAACUCUUCAUUCACAAGGCCGUGUGUAAUUCAUUUUUAGAUGAAAUAUACCCAUGUGCUUUAUGCCCUGGGUCGUGGUUCCAUGUUGUUUAUAAGAUUAUAUGACACUUGUACAGCAUAUAGUAAUAUUAAUUUUGAUUCUUGACAGUUUUUUCUGUCUUUUAUUUUAUGUUCUCAUAGUACAAAUGAGUUGGGUUUCAGAAUAUAUAUUAAACCUGUUUGUGUAUUGUUAUAUAUGGCUAAAUAUGGUCACCAGCCUAAAAUAUGACUUUCCUAUAACUGCCUUUUCAACAUAACCAGUGAUGUAAUUUGGAAUAUAUAUUCAUACUUGUCAACAUAAGAAAUUUAUGUGUAUGGAUCUCACCCCCCCCCCCAAUCUUCAGCAUCUGAUCCUGUAGCCACAUGUUGUAACGUUCUGCUCAUUAUAUCUACCUGACACUCCUGUCUCCGCCCUGAUGAACCACACCUGUUGCUUGUUGCUCCGUCUUAGUCUUUGUAUUUAAGAACAUAUUUGUCUCGUAAGCCCCAGUCCAGCCAUUGAAGUCAGUCCUCUUGUUGCCUGUGUCUUUCCCGAUCCCUUUCUUCCUGUUUUGACCCCUUGUGGUCCUAAUUAUUUCCCUGAUCUGUUCAAUAAAACCCCUUUUUGUUCCCCUAAA